UGUGCGUGUGUGCGCCACAGGUUUUCUCCGCUGCAUCAUGCUGCCCUUAAUGGGAACCUGGAGCUCAUCUCUCUGCUGCUGGAGUCACAGGCUGCUGUCGACAUCAGAGACCAGAAAGGUAUGCGGCCGCUGCACUACGCAGCCUGGCAGGGGAAGGCGGAGCCCAUGAAGAUGCUGCUGAAAUCGGGUUCGUCUGUCAACGGCCAAUCAGACGAAGGACAAAUUCCUCUCCACUUGUCAGCGCAGCACGGCCACUAUGAUGUGUCUGAGAUGCUGCUGCAGCACCAGUCCAACCCGUGCAUCGUGGAUAACGCAGGGAAGACGCCUCUGGACCUGGCCUGUGAGUUCGGCAGAGUUGGGGUGGUCCAGUUGUUGCUGUCUAGUAACAUGUGCGCUGCUUUGCUGGAGCCCAAAAAAGGAGACACGACCGACCCUAAUGGGACGUCUCCGCUGCAUCUAGCUGCUAAGAAUGGACACAUAGACAUCAUCAGGCUGCUGAUCCAGGCUGGCAUCGACAUAAACAGGCAGACCAAAGCAGGCACUGCCCUGCAUGAAGCUGCCCUCUGUGGAAAGACUGAAGCAGUGAGACUCCUGCUGGAGAGUGGUAUCAAUGCCACUGUGAGAAACACGUACAGCCAGACUGCGCUGGACAUCGUCUACCAGUUCACUGCAACACAAGCCAGCAAAGAGAUCAAACAGCUGCUGAGGGAUGCGUCUGCAGCCCUUCAGGUUCGAGCUCUGAAGGAUUACUGCAACAACUAUGACCUGACCAGCCUCAACAUCAAAGCAGGAGACGUCAUCACGGUUUUGGAGCAGCACCCCGACGGACGCUGGAAAGGCUGUAUCCAUGACAACCGGACAGGAAAUGACCGCGUGGGCUACUUUCCAUCCACCAUGGUGGAGGUCAUCAGCAAACGCACAGGUUUGGCCAGCACAGUCAUUUGCACUCAACAGUUUCAAAAGAUACCGCUGGUUGCCCCGGCGACGGUUGCCCCUGCCAACGCAGUAGUCAACGGCAACGACACCACGUUCCAUCAGAUCCAUAUCCUGCCUCCACCGCCUCCUCCUCCACCACAUUCCCAUCAGCCACUGCUUCCACUUUUCACUUCCUUUGGCUAUAACAGGUCACCCGUGACAAGCCCACAGGGAGACACACCUGCUGCCCCAGGUUGUCGCGGCUCAGAGGCAAGUCCUCAAAGUUCUCCUACCCCGUCCAGCGGGCCCCAUGGAGGCUCCAAUGAAGAGAUCUGGGUACUGCGCAAGCCUGUGGCAGGUGGAGAUCGCAGCAGCGUCGGUAGUUCCGGCAGUGUAACCAGUGUGAGGUCAUCAGGCAGUGGGCAGAGUGCUGGCAGCGCUGCACACAUCCUCCACGCACAGGCUGAGGGGGUUAAGCUUUUAGCCACCGUCUUGUCUCAGUCUGCCAAAGCGAAGGAGCAUCUGAUGGAGCAAUCCAAGUCUGUGGAUCAGCCUCCAGGCUCUGCCAGCUCCUCUCGGACAUCGAGCCAAUCAGGCUGUCCACUCCACGAAGCGCCGCCUUAUGAUGCCACGGCAACCAGGAAGGGGGAGGGUCCAUCGGAGGGGAAGAGCUCAGAGGCCGUUGUCCAAUGGCUGAGCGACUUUCAGCUGCAGGUCUACGCUCCAAACUUCCUGGGCGCUGGGUAUGACUUGCCCACCAUUAGCCGAAUGACCCCGGAGGAUCUGACCGCUAUUGGAAUAACUAAACCAGGUCACAGAAAGAAGAUAACAUCAGAGAUUAACAAGCUAAGUGUUACAGAGUGGCUGCCUGAGCAUAAACCUGCUAGCCUAGGAGAAUGGCUAUCUUCUAUUGGUCUAAGCCAGUACCACCAGAUGUUAGUGCAGAACGGUUACGAGAACAUCGACUUCAUCACGGACAUCACUUGGGAAGACCUACAGGAAAUAGGCAUCACCAAACUGGGCCACCAGAAAAAACUAAUGCUAGCGGUGAAGCGGCUGGCUGAAAUGCAGCGCAGUUCAGAUGGGCGGGGCUCCCUCCGAAAGAAGCCCCCACCAAUCACGCAGCAGCAGGAAGUCAUGUCGAUGGAUAGUCCCCCCCCAGAUGAGGUCAUGUCUCCCAAAAUGAGCACCUUCCAGGACAGCGAGCUGAGCACUGAGCUACAGAGUGCAAUGACCCAGCCAGUUCAGGAGGUCAAAGCUCAGCGAACACGCAGCCUCAGCAAAGACCACGAUGAGGUGCUUACAGGCGGAGGAGGAGGUGGAGGUGGGCCACCUAAGAAGGAGGCCCGGACUAUGAGGCAGCAGAGCAGCCAGGGAAGCACGUCCUCUCACCGAGGCAGUGUAUCCUCACAAGGCAAACAUCGUCACUCUCAUUCUCACUCGCAGCCUGCACCUCCCUACACACCCCCACACACUCCUACCAAGACCAGGACCUCUUCAUCCUCGUCCACAUCAUCUGUGCAGAGCUCGUCUUCCCCACAGGCCAAACCCAAGCCGUCCCCACAGUUCAUCCAGGGGGAAAGACCUCAGUCACCGCGCUCACAUCCUCCUCAGUCUCCAACCCAUCGCGGAGCCCCGUGUCAGCUUCAGCCCCAGCAGCAGCAACCUCAAAUGCCGCCGCAGCACCAGGCUCACCCUCACCCUCAGCACCACCCACAGAUGCAGCCGAUGGAGGUCAGGGAGAGUCAGCAAGUCCCGGUCCUCUGUCUCCCACCAGAGGCAGAGUUAGCAGAGGAAGAAGGACCAAAGAACUCGUCCGUCCAGAAUAGACGUGCUCACACGCUGAACCGAUACCCUGUCUCAGAUAGCGAGUGCGAUGAGAGAGCAGGAGGAAGAGGAGGGGGUGGAGGAGAAGCAGAAGCUGACGUUGUAAGCCAGAGCUCAGCCGCUGUGAGAGGGGAAGGAGGGAAAUACGCCACAGUAACACACCGAGUCAGCCGUAGUCACUCUGUACGCAAUCAGGAAAAGGGCGCCAACCGAAACCAGAGCCAGUCGUUUGCUCUCCGUCAGAAGAAAAAAGGCCCACCCCCACCACCGCCCAAACGCUCCAGCUCAGCCAUCUCCACCUCCAACUCCAACCUAACAGAAGCCAACACACAGCCAAAUACGCUCACCACUACUGGGGGGAUGCUGGAUGUGCCUUACUACCAACAACGGCGGGCCAGCGACCUGGGGGUGUCCGUGGAGACAGCUGCCGUGGAGACGAGCAGCGUUGGCAGCGUGAGGAGCAUUGCCGCCAUGUUAGAGAUGUCUUCUAUAGGGGGAGGAGCCAAAGGCAUGGCAUUGCAGAAGAACUUUUUGCAGUGUGUAUUUUGUGUAUGUCUGCAGGGUGACGGCGAGGGUCACCAGGGAGAUGGCAGCUACGCCCAGGAGGACAUCUCCAAUGUUGAAGCCACGGCGACCUUAAAACGACGACCCCGCAGUUCCAAGCCCCACACCAACGGCUCUGACUUCACCCUUCAAGAGUCAUCCACCGUCAAGCGACGACCCAAGAGCCGCGACAAAGAGCCCGAGGGCUACGCAGAGCUGGCCACAGCCAACGGGGAGCCCGCGAACACCGGGCAGCCAAACACCACGCAGCCAGUUCCCUACCAGAACGGCACAGCCACAGUGAAACGCCGCCCAGCGUCUGAUGCUGGAGUGAUCGAGCAACCGCAACCCCAACCGCAACCUCAACCUCAACCUCAAACACAACCACAAGUGACUGCUGCUCCUCGCAGGGACAGCUUGGACCAAGGAGCUCCAGUGGUAAAUGAAGGUGGUCCUGUGAGGAAACCAAAGCCUCCAGUCUCCCCCAAACCUGUAGUGGCACAGAUAAAGAGACAGGGAGGACCUCAGACCCCACCGCAGCCUGUAUCCAACAAACGAGUACCCCUACCAGGUCCGGGGACACCUGGAAGUCCAGUGGAAGGAAAGAAGAUCCCUCCACCAGUUUCACCCAAACCAGCGCCACCACCCACAGCGCCCAAACCAGCCAAGCUCAUCCACUCCGUAACUGGCCCCGCACUGUCGACCCCAGCCUCUGCCCCGCCCAAGCAGCACUCUGCAGUGGCCCGACAGACCAGUUCACCGCCCUCCUUCCCCCCGUCUAACACUCCCAGCCCGCCGAACGCCAAACCGACGAGCCCUUCCUCCCAGAGUCCCCACACGCCACAGACACCCACCACACCACAGACACCUCAGACUCCUGCCACUCCCAGCCCAACCCCUCCGCCUGUCAAACCCCCACGAUCCUCCAUUGGGGGGGUGUCAGUGGACAGCGGGAUGUCAGGGGGCGGGGUCACGGCGCCAGCCGCAACGACAACAGAGUUCGGAGUGGAUUCAUUGGUGCACCAGAAGUUGGAGGAAACAAGCGCUUCGCUGGCUGCUGCUCUGCAAGCCGUGGAGGAUAAAAUACUACGACAGGAAGACUCUGUGGCCGAGCAGAAGACCACAGUUAGCAUCCUUGACGACAUCGGCAGCAUGUUUGAUGACCUCGCCGACCAGCUUGACGCCAUGUUGGAGUAACUACAGAAACCAGCCGGUGCGUCUCCUUAGCAACGCUGCAUCAGAAGUGACUCAGUUGGCACAACGGGCAACACGUCUCUCUAUCUCGCACCUUCUCCUCAUCCUUCUCUCUCAUCAUUCCCCUCCACCCCUCCCUGUCAUCCGUCCGUCAGUCUGUCGCUGCGCCAUCCCCUCCUCUUCCUCUCGUCUCCUGAUGAUAACGGAGCAGCACCGCAGUCCCGCACAGACUUGGCAAGAGAAGGAGAGAGCAAGAAAGAGGAAUAGAUAGAGAGACUAAAAGAGAAAUGGUUGGGGAAAGGACCAAAGACAAGUGAUGGAGGAGAGAAAAUAGAACAAACACACAAAUGACGAGAGAUGAAGAAAUGCAACAAAAAGGAGGAGACUGCAAUCAAAAUGUGAGUCUUUAAAGAACUCUUCUGCUCAGAGCGAGCAAAGAAACAAAACCAAUACAGAAUGAAAAACCAACUGUGUAAUGAAUCAUAGUAUGGUAUGUGUACAUUAUAAGCAUGGAGAGUUUAUAUCUACUGAAAAAGUCCUGCAUUAGCACAGUAAUAUAUGAUAUACCGAUAAAUAUGAAUCUUUAGCUCUUUGGUUUGAUGUCUUGGUUCUGUGUGGAAUGGUGACCUCUGGUGUUGUGAUGAUGUAAAUGACUUGAUGGAUUUUUAUUUUUUUUGUUUUUGUUUUUUAUCCGUGACCAAAACGAGACUAUUCAGCUCCUGAGGUGUGUGUGUGUGUCUGUGUGUGUCUGUGUGUUGUGUGCACGCGAGAGAGAGAAGGAGCGCAAUAGGAACAGGGUGGUAGAUGUAUGCAUGUGAGUGUUUCAGGAUCAGAUUGUGUUUCCUGUCCUGGCUGCAUCUCUGCCACAUCUUCGUCAUCACCCUGCACACACACACACACACACACACAAAGCACAAUGCAGUCAGAUUGA